AUCAAUCAAAUUUAUGAUCCAUGUUCAUCGAGUUUAGUCUAAGGUCCUUAACUGUCAAACACAAACUCUCAUUGUCAAGACAUGUUACCUCAACACCACAGAUUCCUCAGACAAACAAAACUCUUCAUCCCACUCGCUCCUCACGCGCCACCGUCCCAUCACUUCACCACCACCACAUCACCAUCCCAAGACAUAACCCUCGCCAAUCUCAUCCUCAAAACCGACCCAAAAGCCCUCCCCCAGACCCUCCAAGCCCACACCACAGACUGGACCCAAGACCUGGUCCACAAAACCCUCAAGCGCCUCUGGAACCACGGCCCAAAAGCCCUCCAAUUCUUCACCCUCUUGGACCGCCACCACUCCUACACCCACUCCGCCGCCGCCUUUGACCACGCCAUUGACAUUGCUGCGAGGCUUCGUGACUACAAGACCUUGUGGACCCUGAUGACCCGGAUGAAGACCCGGCAGCUUGGCCCGAGCCCGAAGACUUUUGCAAUUGUGAUUGAGAGAUUGGUGGCUGCUGGUAAGCCUGAUAGAGCUGUUAAAGUGUUCUUGUCAAUGCAUCAUCAUGGUGUUAUACAGGAUUUGAAUUGUUUUAAUAUGUUUCUUGAUGUUUUGUGUAAGUCGAGGCGAGCUGAGAUGGCGUAUAAUUUGUUUAAGGCUUUUAAGGGGAGGUUUCGGGUGGAUACGAUUACUUAUAAUGUGCUUGUUAAUGGGUUUUGUUUGAUCAAGCGGACGCCAAGGGGGUUGGAGAUAAUGAGGGAAAUGGUCGAGAGGGGUUUGGAACCGAGUCUUUGUACGUACAAUACGAUGCUUAAGGGGUUUUUUAGGGCGGGGCAAGUGAAGGAAGCAUGGGAAUUUUUUCUGGAGAUGAAGAGGAGGAAAUGUGAGAUUGAUGUUGUUACGUAUACUACGGUAGUUCAUGGGUUGGGAGUGGCGGGUGAGGUGAAAAGAGCGCGGAAGGUUUUUGAUGAGAUGAUAGAUGCGGGAGUACUCCCGUCUGUUGCAACGUAUAAUGCUUUUAUUCAGAUUUUGUGUAAGAAAGAUUGUGUUGAGAAUGCAAAUGUGGUGUUUGAGGAGAUGGUGAAAAAAGGUUAUUUGCCGAAUUCAACGACUUAUGGUGUGUUGAUUAGAGGGUGGUGCCAUGCAGGGAAGAUGGAUAGGGCGAUGGAGUAUAUGGAUAGAAUGAAGAAUGACGAGUGUGAACCAAAUGUACAGACUUAUAAUGUUGUUAUUAGGUAUUAUAGUGAUAAUGGGGAAAUUGAGAAGGCGUUGGAAGUGUUUGAGAGAAUGAGUGCAGGCGAGUGCUUGCCUAAUUUGGAUACUUAUAACGUAUUAAUAAGUGCAAUGUUUGUCAGGAAGACGGCAGAUGAUUUAUUGGUUGCUGGGAAGUUGUUGAUUGAAAUGGUUGAUAGAGGGUUCUUGCCUCGAAAAUUUACAUAUAAUAGGGUGUUGAACGGCCUUCUCUUGACAGGCCAUCAAGAGUUUGCAAAAGAGAUUCUUAGAUUGCAUAGUAGAUCGGGCUGUCUGCCUCGGCACUUCAGAUUGUGAAGCCUAUCAUUGGUUUUGCCUCCCAGACCUUGUGAAUUGGCUUGCAUCGAUUGUUCUUGCUAUAUGUCAAUUGAGGAACAAGAUUUGCAGUGCACAAUGUAUGCAUCACAUGCACUCUUUAUGCAGCUAUUUUGCAAUAUAUGAUUUGGCUUUUAUGGGGGAGAUACUUCUUCCAGGUUGUUCAAAUGUCGCCCAAAGUCUGGAGCUUUAUGAACACAACACAAGCUUCAAACAGCUAACGCAAUAACUAAUUGCUUGUCGGAGUGUAGGUUGUCAUACAAAGUUAAAUGAAAAGGUGAUCCUCAGUCCUCAGGCUUACACUGAGUUUCCUUAAUGAACUGUCAAGAAAAGGCCACGGCCACAUGUGUCAAUUUGUAGGAGGAGCCUGCUGGGGAGUCUCAAAGUUGACAACUGAUGCAUGCUUCUGAGCCUUCAACGUAUAGAACGUUUGCAAGAAGAAAGUUGUUUACAGUCCUAUGAGACUGUUUUAUAUGCUUUUCUUUGGUAGUUAAUCUAGCCUAUUAGUACUACGUACAUAAUUGAUAUGUUUUCAACACUAAUAUGGUAAUUACUACCAUUGUUUUAAGAAGCAAGAACAUAUUGGUUGAUAAUUUUUGCUUUUGCAUUCCAGUUUGGUGGCAAGGGCUUUACUGAA